CUAAACCCUAGAAGCUGCAGCAGCUUCUAGACUCUUCCCUUGCAUUACAAAAACCCUUCUCUCUCCGAACCAUCACUGUCUUUUCACUCAUUUGGAACUCUCUCGUUCUUUGUUUUUCUUUCGAAGUUCUUGUUAUUCCUCUGCAUUUCACCAUGUACCGCUUCGCUUCCAGCCUCGCUUCCAAGGCUAGGAUCGCUAGGAAUAGCACCUAUCAGAAUGGUAGUAGGUUGAGUUGGAGCAGAAACUAUGCGGCCAAAGACAUUAAAUUUGGAGUGGAGGCUCGUGCUUUGAUGCUUAGGGGUGUUGAGGAGCUUGCUGAUGCAGUUAAAGUCACCAUGGGUCCUAAGGGGCGUAAUGUGGUACUUGAACAAAGCUUUGGUGCCCCCAAAGUGACAAAAGAUGGUGUAACAGUUGCAAAGAGUGUUGAGUUCAAGGAUAGAGUAAAGAAUGUUGGUGCUAGUCUGGUGAAACAGGUUGCAAAUGCCACUAAUGAUGUUGCCGGUGAUGGGACAACUUGUGCUACAGUCCUUACCCGGGCAAUUUUUACUGAAGGAUGCAAGUCGGUUGCUGCAGGAAUGAAUGCAAUGGACCUAAGACGUGGUAUUACCAUGGCCGUUGAUGCUGUAGUAACAAACUUGAAGAGCAGAGCACGUAUGAUCAGCACGUCUGAAGAGAUAGCACAGGUUGGAACAAUAUCUGCAAAUGGAGAGAGGGAAAUUGGUGAACUGAUUGCAAAGGCAAUGGAGAAAGUUGGCAAAGAGGGAGUAAUCACAAUCUCAGAUGGGAAAACUUUGUUCAAUGAAUUGGAAGUUGUUGAGGGGAUGAAGCUAGACAGGGGCUACAUAUCUCCUUAUUUCAUUACCAAUCAGAAAAACCAGAAAUGCGAAUUGGAAGAUCCUCUGAUUCUAAUCCACGAGAAGAAAAUCUCAAGCAUAAAUGCUGUAGUUAAAGUGUUAGAGUUGGCGUUGAAGAGACAAAGGCCCUUGCUUAUCGUUGCUGAGGAUGUGGAAAGUGAUGCUCUAGCAACUCUAAUUCUAAAUAAGCUUCGUGCCGGAAUCAAGGUUUGUGCAAUAAAGGCCCCUGGUUUUGGUGAAAACCGUAAAGCUAAUUUGCAGGAUCUUGCUGUUCUUACAGGAGGAGAUCUUAUCACUGAAGAGCUUGGUCUGAAUUUGGAAAAAGUGGAUCUGGAUAUGCUUGGCACUUGCAAAAAGGUCACUAUUUCAAAGGAUGACACUGUAGUUCUUGAUGGUGCUGGCGAUAAGAAGGCUAUUGAUGAAAGAUGUGAACAGAUUAGGUCAGCAAUUGAGUUGAGCACUUCCGAUUAUGACAAGGAAAAGUUACAAGAGAGAUUGGCAAAGCUUUCUGGUGGUGUUGCUGUGCUGAAGAUUGGGGGAGCUAGUGAAGCCGAAGUGAGUGAGAAGAAGGAUAGAGUUACAGAUGCCUUGAAUGCCACAAAGGCAGCUGUUGAAGAAGGCAUUGUACCUGGUGGUGGUGUUGCACUUCUAUAUGCUUCAAAGGAGCUGGAAAAGCUUCACACUGCUAACUUUGAUCAGAAGAUUGGUGUGCAGAUUAUUCAGAAUGCUCUGAAGACACCUGUCCACACCAUUGCUUCUAAUGCCGGAGUUGAGGGAGCUGUUGUUGUUGGUAAGCUGUUGGAGCAAGAUGACCCUGAUCUUGGAUAUGACGCAGCCAAAGGUGAAUACGUCGAUAUGGUUAAAGCCGGAAUUAUUGAUCCAUUGAAGGUCAUCAGAACAGCUUUGGUUGAUGCCGCAAGUGUGUCAUCUUUGAUGACUACUACCGAAGCUAUUGUGGUGGAGCUUCCCAAGGAUGACAAGGAGGUUCCAGCAAUGGGUGGUGGCAUGGGCGGAAUGGGUGGCAUGGAUUAUUGAUGAGGGUCUUUCUCAUGAUACAAACAAAAUGACAUCCCUUUUGACUUGUUUUGUCACCUAAUCUAUUUGCGAAUCAAAGAUGAGGGUUUAAACCCUAUUUUCUUGGUAGGCUUGGUCCCAAAAAAAAAAAAAAAAAAAACGAAAAAGAAAAAAAGAA